AAUGCGUUUUGAUUGGACGGUUUUUCCCCUCUACAUCCAUGGGAAAGUGGGUAUAUCUCGCCCCCAAUUUUGGUCAUUGGUGUCUCCAAGUUACAGUAUUAUCGUCAUUUGUCCGUACGGAGUCCUCGCAUGAACUGAUACAAUCGUAACCGGUCGAUACCCCCAUGUUAAUCUAAUCCUUGGCCCCCAAGAGGUUCGUUCCUGCUUGGCAUGUGCCUCAAAUGCUCAUCAUCAUCGCUGUCAUAUGCCUGCUUUGGUACAUUGUGGUGGCCCUUAUAUGUACCAUAGGUUUCGUCCAACUGCAGAGGCAUUAUUCAAGACGCCCCAAACCACCGCGAUGCAUCCAGACCAAUGUUCCGCGACCUCCGCGGCCUCCGCAACCUCCGCAACCCCCUCACAUCACCAUCAUCCGUCCUGUCAAAGGAUACGAACCGAAACUUUAUUCCUGCCUUGCAUCGACCUUCCGUCAGACCUACCCACGGAAUAGCCUCACUAUAUGCUUCUGCGUCGAAUCCAAAGAAGAUCCAUCCUUUCCGAUUCUUCAGGAGCUCAUCCGCGCCUUUCCGGAGUUUGACACGGCGUUGUUGGUGGAGGAAGAGGAUGCCGAACUUCAAGGAUGCAAAGGCCAACGCCUCGGACCAAACCCGAAGAUACGCAACAUGAGUAGAGCAUAUCGGGAAGCGAAAGGUGACAUCGUCUGGGUCAUUGACUGCAAUGUGUGGGUAGGUCCAGGUGUCGCUGGCCGAAUGGUCGAUACAUUGUGCGGCACUGGCGGACGGCGGAAGUACAAAUUUGUCCAUCAACUACCCCUUGUGGUAGAUGUCGAGACCAGCGAACAAUCGGAAUGUCAACGGGACCCCAAGUCACGCGACUCCAGGGAAAGCACCUCUUGCUCGCGAUUUACACGAUUCGGGUCCUGCAAGGAUUGGUUCAAAACCAAAGGCGGCCGCCUCGAAGAGAUGUUCCUGGCCACUUCCCAUGCCAAAUUCUAUACAGCCAUCAAUACGGUCUCCAUCGCUCCCUGUAUCGUGGGGAAAUCCAACAUGUUCCGUCGUUCUCACCUCAAUGCCCUGACCAAGAACCAGGGCAUCGACUACUUCUCCCGUAAUAUCUGCGAGGACCACAUGAUUGGAGAUCUCCUCUGGAAGUCACCUGUACCGCCGAAUCUGCUCGAUUCCGAUGAUCACGAUCAUGCGGUCCCGUGGGGGCAGCAUGCACUUUGUUUUGGUGACCUGGCAAUCCAGCCCAUGUCCCGCAUGAGCGUGUCGGAAUACUUUGCACGACGUGUGCGAUGGCUUCGAGUACGAAAGUACACCGUCACCCUUGCUACAUUGGCUGAGCCCGGGACGGAGAGCUUUCUCUGCUCGGCAUAUGGAGCGUUCGCUAUCACAACGUUACCUUGGUUCCAAUCUACGCUGGGUAUCGCGCCGACAUGGACCGCUUUCGCCACAUUCUGGUUGAUGAGUGUCCUGCUGUGGGCUCUCGUCGAUUACAAUCAAUACAAACUCUUACAUUCGGGCGCAAGCUUGGAAUGGAAUGCGGAAACGUCCCUAUUUGUUCAGGGACAGGACCGAUCCUUUGCUGAGUGGUUCCUCGCUUGGGUCGGGCGUGAAACAUUGGCCUUUCCAAUAUGGCUUUGGGCAGCCUACGGAGGCGCAAGUGUGAACUGGAGAGGGAGGGAUUUCUGGGUUGACAUGCAUAUGAAUGUACAUGAGAUCCGCCGCAAAAACUCGGUGCUAAAGGAUGAAUAGAUCCCCAUAGGAAAAUUGACCACCCCACUCAUGAAACGUCAGCCAUUCACCGGCCCUCUUGCGCCAGGUUGUAUCUUCAGAUCCAUGACAUAACGCAUCAGACUGCAAUCAUCACACUUCACCAAGGCUUGUAGCGCUUUGAUUCUGGCCUUCAGUUUCUCGUUCUCCUCCGCUAGUUUAGACUUUUCCCUUUCGACCUGUUUGAUGUACGACGUCGCGCUUGCGAGGAUUACCGCCUUGCUAGGCUUGUUGGU